UUGGCAUAUGAUUAGGUAUGUAUCAUAGUAAUAUGUUUAUCUAACUAUAUUUGUGUUUGUAAAGGCAAGUUGCUGGAAUGGUAAACGAAUGGAUGACCGCGCUGGCCAGCGGAGCUGUAGCUGGAUUUUGCGUCGACGUCACCUUAUUCCCCGUCGACACAGUAAAAACUCGGUUACAGAGUUCACAAGGAUUUAUAAAAGCUGGCGGUUUUAAACGAAUUUACUCCGGCAUUGGACCAGCAGCUCUAGGCUCCGCGCCAGGGGCCGCUGUGUUUUUCACGGCGUAUGAUACGACUCGUAAUUUACUGAAGAAACCAGAUCGCUCUUUUGGUCAUAACUUGGCAGUUGACAUGACCGCUGCUUCAGUUGGCGAGGUCGUUGCGUGUUUGAUCCGUGUACCGGUUGAAGUUAUCAAACAACGAAGUCAGGUGACAAAAAAUGCGAACAGUUUUCGUAUCUUUCUAUCCUGUAUUAGAACAGAGGGCGUACGCGGUAUGUAUCGUGGUUACCGAAGUACUGUUGUGAGAGAAAUACCGUUUUCACUGAUACAAUUUCCACUGUGGGAGUUUCUAAAAGUAACAGUCGCGAAGUACCGGGGAAAAGAAUCCCCCGACGCGAUCGAAAGCGCAGUUUGUGGAUUCUUUUCCGGUGGAAUUGCAGCUGCAGUGACUACGCCAUUGGACGUGGCGAAAACGCGAAUUAUUCUGGCCCAAACAAAUGAUUCUGCCGCCGCCGGAAAUAUUUUACCCGUCCUAAGAGAAGUGUGGUCGACGGGGGGCGCCCGUGCACUAUUUGCUGGUGUUCUGCCCCGAGUUGUGUGGAUAUCAGUCGGCGGUUUCGUAUUUUUAGGGAUGUAUGACACAACAAAGUCAUUGUUAAAUGGGCUAUGAGCCUAUGUAUGUUUAAUUUAUUUAGGAAAGUGUUGCAAUUUCAUUCUGAUAACUUUACACUGCUUUAUACUUUAAUUGCUGCCUUGUGUGUAUCGCCAUUUCACUGCAAAAUAUAUAAUCCCACGAGGAUUAAAAAUAUACAAAAACGACUGUCAUG